UUUGGAUUUUCCCGGAAAAUUUCCUCGAUGACGAGAUUCUCCAGUGCCAACCGCUUCCGCUUCCAGUUCUCCGUCUCCAAAUCUGCCUUCUGGUGGUGCCUAUUCUUCAUUGUGCUCCUGUGCUUCGUAAGCAACCACUUGCUGCUGUCCGACAGCGACAGGCGUCUCCUCCGGAACAGAGGGAAGGGGUGGGAGCAGAGGGUCCUGUCGUCGGCGAGCCCCCGCUCCAGUUCCGGCUCCACCGUGCUCGUCACCGGCGCAGCCGGCUUCAUCGGCUCUCAUGUCUCCGCCGCCCUGAGGAACCGCGGCGACGGCGUGGUGGGACUGGACAACUUCAACAACUACUACGAUGUAUCAUUGAAGCAUGACCGGCGAGCAAUGCUGGAGAGCUCCGGCGUGUUCAUCGUCGACGGCGAUAUCAACGACCAGGAGCUUCUCAAGAAGCUGUUCAGCAUUGUUCAAUUCACUCACGUAAUGCACCUCGCGGCUCAGGCCGGCGUGAGGUAUGCAAUGAAGAACCCAGCUUCCUAUAUCGAUAGCAACCUCUCUGGUUUUGUGAACUUGCUUGAAGUCUGCAAAGAGGCUAAACCACAGCCAGCCAUUAUCUGGGCAUCCUCUAGCUCGGUAUAUGGACUCAAUUCUAAGGUUCCCUUCUCCGAAACCGAUCGAACAGACCAGCCUGCAAGUCUCUAUGCUGCAACAAAGAAGGCUGGUGAAGAGAUUGCACAUAGCUAUAAUCACAUCUACGGUUUAUCCAUCACCGGGUUGCGGUUUUUCACAGUAUAUGGACCUUGGGGGAGGCCUGAUAUGGCCUAUUUCUUCUUCACCAAGGAUAUAUUGCAGGGAAAUUCGAUACGAAUUUUUGAGGGUGGUAAAGGAGGGGUAGUUGCAAGGGAUUUUACCUACAUUGAUGAUAUAGUAAAGGGUUGUUUGGCAGCAUUGGAUACUGCAGAGAAGAGUACUGGGAGUGGAGGAAAGAAGAUGAGGCCAGCCCAGUUAAGGGUGUAUAAUCUUGGGAACACAUCUCCAGUGGAAGUAGGGAGUCUUGUAAGCAUAUUGGAGAGGUUGUUGAAGGUGAAAGCCAGGCGAGUUGCAACGCCAAUGCCCAGGAAUGGGGAUGUGAUGUAUACACAUGCGGAUAUAAGUUUGGCAGAGAAGGAGCUUGGAUACAAGCCCACUACAGAUUUGAGGAGUGGGUUGGAGAAGUUUGUCAAGUGGUACCUCAGUUACUAUAAUCAAUCCACUGUAAAUUAAGCUUUUGUGGGA